AAGUAAACUAGUCAAAACAGAAGUGUGUGUUCACAGAUGAACGUUUGGAUUAGUUUGACCAUCAAAUUUACUUUAAUUUUACUUUCUGUUACACCAACUAUGAUUUCGAAAGUAUUUAGAGCCGUUAUAAUGGGACCUCCAGGGGCUGGAAAGGGUACAAUAUCUUCAAGGAUUGUUCGUGACUUUGGUUUAAAACAUUUAUCAAGCGGAGAUCUGUUACGUUCACAAAUCAACGAAAAAACAGCUGCUGGCCUGAAAGCUGAUGAAUUUAUACAGGAAGGCAAGCUGGUUCCAGAUGACUUGAUGGUGCACUUGAUAGUGAGUGAAUUGAAAAACAUGACAUCUCUUAAUUGGCUCCUUGAUGGUUUCCCCAGAACAGUGACCCAAGCAGAGGCAUUGAUGAAGGAGCAACAAAUUGACACUGUAAUAAAUUUAGACAUUCCAUUUGAUGAGAUUGUGAAACGACUUGAAAGCCGCUGGGUCCAUCCAGGAAGUGGACGAGUUUAUAACUUAUUAUGGAGUCCACCGAAAGUUGAGGGAAAAGAUGAUAUUACCGGAGAGAAUUUAAUACAGAGGGAUGAUGAUAAACCAGAAACUGUUUGGGCGAGGCUAGAAACGUACCAAAACCAAACCACGCCUGUUACUGAAUUUUAUAGAAAACAUAACUUAUUGCAGUCAUUUAGUGGAAGAGAAACCAACAAGAUCUGGCCUGAAGUCCACAAAUUCCUCAGCAAACACAUACCACCAGUAAACUAAACAUUUUUCAAAAGUGAAUGGAGGAACAAUGGCCAUGGAUAGGAGCCUAGAGGGUGGCCAUAGAAAGCAUAGAUCAUUUGUAUAAUUAAGAUAAUUUCUGUUUGUGUACUGUAAAAUUGUGUACUAGCAAGUGAAAGAAAUUCUUCUGGUUCCUUUUUGCCUCACUGCUGUUCUUCUUCUUCUUCUUGUUACCAAAAACGUUAAAAGCGUCCAGCGUCGCCGGUUAAGUAUGUGUUCUAAAGAACUUAAGGUUGUGAUUUUGAAUUGCGUCUUGGUAUUCAAUUUUUAU